AUGGCGACCAAGAUCCCAAAGAUCAUUCAGGGAGGAAUGGGCGUGCAGGUGUCUUCUUGGGAGCUUGCCCGUGAGGUCGCAAGAGCCGGCGAGUUGGGAGUCAUUUCCGGAACUGCCAUGGACAUGGUUCUUCUUCGCUGGAUGCAGGACGGAGACCCCGGCGGCUUGUACAGGAGAGCGCUCUCGCACUUUCCUGAUCAGGGAAUGGUCAAGCGCUUCAUGGACAAGUACUACGUGGAAGGAGGAAAGGACAAGAACAAGCCAUACAAGCCUCUCCAGAUGUGGCAGCUCAACCCCGGACAAGAGCUUCAAGAAGCAUGCGUGCUCGGAAACUUUGCCGAGGUUUGGUUGGCCAAGCACGGCGAUGACAACUCGCUUGUUGACGGUGUGGUUGGCAUCAACUGCUUGACGAAGAUCCAGUUGCCGACCAUCGAGUCCCUGUAUGGUGCCAUGCUCGCCGACGUUGACUAUGUGCUCAUGGGUGCCGGCAUUCCCAUGGAAGUCCCGGGAAUUCUCGACAGACUGGCUGCGAACGAGGACGCGAAGCUUUCUAUCGACAUCGAUGGCGGAGACCCAAUCAAGCACGUCUUCUCUCCCAAGGCGUUCUGGGCUGCUUCUGGACACCCCGAGCUUGCCGAGAAGAAGCUCAAGAGGCCCAACUUCCUCCCCAUCGUCUCCUCCGUCACUCUCGCCCAGGCCAUGUUGAAGCGGGCAACCGGCGCAGGACCCACUAAGGGUAUCCAGGGCUUCAUCAUCGAGCUUCCCAGUGCUGGUGGUCACAACGCUCCUCCCCGUGGCUUCCGAUACGAUGCCGUCCAGAAGUCGCACAAGCUCUCCCUCAACGAGCGCGGAGAGCCUGUCUACGGCCCCAAGGACGAUAUCGACCUGCCCAAGUUCAAGCAGGCGGUCGGUGACCUUCCCUUCUGGCUCGCUGGCUACUAUGCCAGGCCCGAGAAGCUCAAUGAUGUCCUCGCCCUCGGAGGUGCUGGCAUCCAGGUUGGAACUAGCUUCGCCUUCACCAAGGAGAGUGGCCUUGCCCCCGAGCCCAAGCAGGUCGUCUUGCAGCGAGUCAGCCAGGGAGACCUCCGCGUGUUCACCGACCCCGUCGCUUCCCCCACCGGCUUCCCCUUCAAGGUUUUGGAGCUCGAGGGCUCGCUCUCCGACAAGGACAAGUACCUCGCCCGUCCUCGCGUCUGCAACUUGGGAUACCUCCGCACCCCCUACAUGAGAGAUGACGGCAAGGUGGGAUACCGAUGCGCGUCGGAGCCUGUGGACGAGUGGGUGAAGAAGGGAGGAGAUCUCGCUGCGACCGAGGGGAGGAAAUGCCUCUGCAACAGUCUUAUGGCCAACGCUGGGCUGCCGCAGGUCAGCCCCUUCAAGAAGGAAGGAGAGAGCGAGAGGUACAUUGAGGAGAUUCUCAUCACUGCCGGGGACGACAUCAACCAGAUCCGCCGCUACAUGAAGCAGAACAAGGACGGGGAGUACGAGUACAGUGCAAAGGAUGUCAUUGAUUACCUUUUGGGAAGAUUCAAGGAGGAGUACAACGACGAGCUCAAGUUGUACCAGGAUGCGCACAUGGCGGAGGAUGGCAACGUGAGGGACGAAUUGAUGUCAAAGAAGAAGGAUUUGCAGAAUAAGAUUGCGGAUGUUGAUGAGCAAAGAGCCGGUCUGGCGGGCAAGUAG